AUGAGUCUUCUGAAGUGUACCGAGACUUGUACCAGUAUCAUCACUUCCAUCGGUCUGUGUCUGGGCUUCCGAUCUUGUAUCUGUAACAGACUGGCUGCAGUAACUACCGCUGUCGCGCAGUGUAUCCAAUGUGUCUCGAUUUUCGAUCUCAGUGGAAUCCCCUUUCUUGCAGCCAACUUCCUCAACGUGCUGGGUCAGUGUGGAGUGAACUCCCAAGCUCUCACUAGCUGCUCCCCCCUCACCAUUUCUGGUAAAUGUGUGACCAUUUCUUCUACUCUGCCUCCUGCUCCCGUGACCUCAGCCGCAGUGACCACCAGCUCCAAGCCCCCCGCUCCCGCUUCAACAUCUUCCCCUGUGGUCUCCAGCACUAAUCCCGCUUCCAGCUCGCCUGUUGUGGUGCCCAGUUCCACCAACCCUGUUGUUUCUAGCUCGCCUGUGGUUGUCCCAAGCUCUUCCGCUCCUGCUUCAAGCUCGUCUUCCAGCUCGCCUGUUGUGGUGCCCAGUUCCACCAACCCUGUUGUUUCUAGCUCGCCUGUGGUUGUCCCAAGCUCUUCCGCUCCUGCUUCAAGCUCGUCUUCUAGCUCGCUUGUGAUUGUCCCCAGUUCUUCCACUCCUGCUUCAAGCUCGCCUGUGGUUGUCCCUAGCUCCUCGGUUGUUGUUUCGAGCUCUACUCCUGCAAUCCCCACUUCUUCUAGUGCUCCAGUGGUUGUCCCCACCCCCUCUUCAUCUGCUGGUAUCACUCCUCCCCCUGUGUCAUCCUCUCGGGCUGCUGUGUCUACUUUCACCUCUUGUAGCACAGUCACCCAGUCCAGGGAUAGCUGUGUCAAGACUUGUGGUGAUAUCAUUCGAGAGAUUGCUCUCUGUGUUGGAGUUCAGCAGUGUAUUUGUGACAGAAUUGCGACUUUCAACAACAACGUCGAGGAAUGUUUGUCCUGUAUCACGUACAUCGACUUCGGUGGUCUGUUCAACUUCCCAGAUCAGCUUCUGAGAUUCAUUGGCGGCUGUGGACGACCCACUACUGCCUCCGAUGUUUGUGUUACCAAGACAAUCGACCCCGCCGUGUCCUGUGAGCCUGAUGUGACUUCUUCCACCUGCUCAGUCGGUAACAACAAGGAUCUGAGCUUCACCCAGUGCUUCAAUACUUGCACAAGCAUUGUGAGCUCCAUUGGUCUGUGUCUCGGAAUUCGAAGCUGCAUCUGUGAUCGUAUGGCCAGCACUGCGGAAGCAGUUGGUGACUGUAUCCAGUGUGUGAGUCUGUUUGAUUUGGGUAACAUCCCUUUCCUCGGUGCCAACUUCCUUAACUGGCUUGGUAACUGUGGUAUCAACUCUCAGGCCACUUCUCAAUGCAGCUACCAGACCAUUGCUGGAGAGUGUUCCACUCUGAGUAGCUCUGUCAUUAUCACCUCUGCUGCUCAGUCAACCUCCUCUAGUGCAUCGAUCCCUACCUCAUCGGCUCUGACUGGUGUGUCUUCCACCUCUUCCACAGACACAGGAUUGUCGUCUGCUACUUCGUCCUCGGCAUCUAGCUCCGAUGUUUCAUCCAGCGCCUCUGACUCUGCAGUGACUUCCACUGAAUCUGGUGCCUCUUCCACAGCUACUGAUUCUGUUGCGUCGUCAGGAGCUUCCAGUUCCGAUGUGUCUUCCACUGCUUUUGGAUCGAGCUCCUCCAUCACUGCCUCUGACUCGGGUUCGUUGUCACCUUCUCCCUCAUCUACUGAGAGUUCCGACGCAUCCACCCACAUGUCCACAGCGUCCUCCACCGUUACUGGCUCCGACACGACCUCCUCUGCCUCCAGCUCCGAUGUGUCUUCCACUGCUUUUGGCUCAAGCUCUUCUUCCACUACUUCUGAUUCUUCGCUCUCAUCUACAGAGACGUCGGAGAUAUCCACCAUCACAUCUGCUCCUUCCACUUCCACUGGCCCUGUCGCUACUACCAUCACUUCUUGUAGCACAGUCACUCAGUCCAGGGAUAGCUGCAUCAAGACCUGUGGCGACAUCAUCCGAGAGAUUGCUCUGUGUGUUGGAGUUCAGCAGUGUAUCUGUGACAGAAUCUUGACUUUCAACAACAACGUCGAGGAGUGUUUGUCCUGUAUCACCUACAUUGACUUUGGUGGUCUUUUCAACUUCCCUGAUCAGCUGCUGACCUUCCUUGGUGGCUGUGGACGACCCACUACUGCCUCCGAGGUGUGUGUUACAAAGACCAUUGAUCCUUCCAUCUCGUGUGAGCCCGACGUCACUUCUUCCACCUGUUCCGUUUCCAACCCUCGAGAUUUUACUAUCUCUCAGUGUCUGAAGACUUGUGGCGAUAUCGUUUCUUCCAUUGGUCUUUGUCUUGGAGUUCGAAGCUGCAUUUGUGAUCGUAUGGAAAACACUGCUCAGCUUGUUGGAGACUGUAUCCAGUGUGUGAGUUUGUUUGAUCUUGGAAGCAUUCCCUUCCUUGGCGCCAACUUCCUCAACUGGCUUGGUCAAUGUGGUGUCAACUCUCAGGCCGCCAGUAACUGUGUGUACCAGACCAUCACUGGUGAGUGUCACACUCUCAGCAGCUCUGUUGUCAUCACCACUGCCGCUCAGUCCACCACCUCCUCCAGCGCUGUCGUUGUUCCUUCGUCGUCGGUCCCGACCAUUGUGUCAUCCACUGCUACCACUGACAUCGUGUCGCCUAGCAGUAGCACUGCUGAUGGAUCCACUUCCAGCGAUGGUAUCACUUCCGCCACUUCUGAGUCGUCUUCCACAAUCACUGCUACAAUCAGUGACAGCGGUAGCACCACACAAUUGUCGUCGUCUGGCAUUUCAUCGGAUAUCAGUGGUUCUGUGUCUCAAACGUCUGAGUCGUCUGCAGGUACAUCCACCGUGGAAACCUUAACAUCUGACUCGAACACUGAAUUUGGCUCCAUCACCACUACAUUCUUGUCAUCUUCUAUUACAGAUGUGUCCACUAGCUCAACCGCCUCCGAUGACGAGCAGUCCUCUACCGCUUCUAUCCCUGAGUCCAGUUCCGUGAUGUCGACUUUGUCGUCUUCUGCUGCCAUUACUGAGUCUCUCAGCUCCGGAUCUGUGUCCGAGACUUCAGCUGUGUCCAGCACUCGAACACCAAUCAUCUGUGCCCGAGACGGUAUGAAUGAAGAGGAUUGUAUCACUCUCACUGAUGAGUCCAGCAUCGUAGAGUCUGCUACCACUUCCGGUGGUGUCUCGUCUGAGUCGUCUGCCAUCCCUAGCACUGAUUCUGUGACAGCUUCGACCACUUUUGAGUCUUCUGCCACAGGUGUGCCCACAUCCUCAGAGAUCCAGCCUACGUCAUUUGUCGAGUCUUCAAGUGAGUCUGCCUCUUCCACAGCUGAGUCCUCUUCUGUGUUUGAGCCUUCUUCUUCUGUCGUUGAGCCUUCUUCUUCUGUGGUCGAGUCCACCUCUUCUGAGGUUACUAGUGAUACUACCUCUUCUACUGCUGAGUCUUCUUCUGUCGUUGAGCCCACCUCUUCUAUCGUCGAGAUUACCUCUUCUCAGGUUACUAGUGAAUCUGCCUCUAUCACUGCCGAGUCUUCCACCGUGGUUGAGCCUACUACCUCUUUGAUUGAGCCUUCUUCCCAGGUUACUGGUGAGCCCACCUCUUCUGUCGUCGAGCCCACCUCUUCUGUCGUCGAGCCCACCUCUUCUCAGGUUUCUAAUGAGUCUUCCUCUUUCACAAUUGAGUCGUCUCUCACUGAGGAGUCGGUCACUUCUUCUAUCGCCACCCCAACCUUUACAGGCGAGGGAUCUAUCACCACUACCAUUAUUGAGUCUACCUCCUCUUCCGAAGAGUCAGCGUCUGCCACCACUGAUGCUACCCCCACCGGCGAAGAGACUGCCUCCACUACUUCGGAGCAGUCUUCUGCCACCCCUACCGGUGAUGUUUCUUCUGCCACUCCUACCGGCGAUGUCUCGUCUUCCACUCCUACUGAUGACGUCUCGUCUGCCACUCCCACCGGCGAAGAGACUGCCUCCACUACUUCGGAGCAGUCUUCUUCUGCCACUCCUACCGGUGACGUUUCGUCUGCCACCCCUACCGGUGACGCUUCGUCUUCCAUCCCUACUGGUGAUGUCUCAUCUGCCACUCCUACCGAUGACGUUUCGUCUUCCAUCCCUACUGGUGACGUUUCUUCUGCCACCCCUACCGGUGACGCUUCGUCUUCCAUCCCUACUGGUGAUGUCUCAUCUGCCACUCCUACCGGCGAUGUCUCGUCUUCCACUCCUACUGGUGACGCUUCGUCUUCCAUCCCUACUGGUGACGUUUCUUCUGCCACUCCUACCGGUGACGCUUCGUCUUCCAUCCCUACUGGUGACGUUUCUUCUGCCACCCCUACCGGUGACGCUUCGUCUUCCAUCCCUACUGGUGAUGUCUCAUCUGCCACCCCUACUGGUGACGCUUCGUCUUCCACCCCUACUGGUGACGUUUCUUCUGCCACCCCUACCGGCGAUGUCUCGUCUUCCACCCCUACUGGUGAGCCUUCUUCUUCCCGGGUUACUGGUGAGCCCACCUCUUCUGUUGUCGAGCCCACCUCUUCUCAGGUUUCUAGUGAGUCUUCCUCUUUCACAAUUGAGUCGUCUCUCACUGAGGAGUCGGUCACUUCUUCUAUCGCCACCCCAACCUUUACAGGCGAGGGAUCUAUCACCACUACCAUUAUUGAGUCUACCUCCUCUUCCGAGGAGUCAGCCACCACUGAUGCUACCCCCACCGGCGAAGAGACUGCCUCCACUACUUCGGAGCAGUCUUCUGCCACCCCUACCGGUGAUGUCUCAUCUGCCACCCCUACUGGUGAUGUCUCAUCUGCCACUCCUACCGGUGACGCUUCGUCUUCCAUUCCUACUGGUGACGUUUCUUCUGCAACCCCUACCGGUGACGCUUCGUCUUCCAUCCCUACUGGUGAUGUCUCAUCUGCCACCCCUACUGGUGACGCUUCGUCUUCCACCCCUACUGGUGAUGUCUCAUCUGCCACUCCUACCGAUGACGCUUCGUCUUCCAUUCCUACUGGUGAUGUCUCAUCUGCCACUCCUACCGGUGACGCUUCGUCUUCCAUCCCUACUGGUGAUGUCUCAUCUGCCACCCCUACUGGUGACGUCUCGUCUGCCACUCCCACCGGCGAAGAGACUGCCUCCACUACUUCGGAGCAGUCUUCUACUGCCACCCCUACCGGUGACGUUUCGUCUGCCACCCCUACCGGUGACGCUUCGUCUUCCAUCCCUACUGGUGAUGUCUCAUCUGCCACUCCUACCGGCGAUGUCUCGUCUUCCACUCCUACUGGUGACGCUUCGUCUUCCAUCCCUACUGGUGACGUUUCUUCUGCCACUCCUACUGGUGACGUUUCUUCUGCCACCCCUACUGGUGACGUUUCUUCUGUCACUCCUACCGGCGAUGUUUCUUCUGCCAUCCCCACCGGUGAAGAGACCGUUUCCACUUCCGGUGUUGUUCCCAUUUCUUCUGGUCAAGAGUCUGCUUCAACAUCUACAGAUUCUAACUCUGCUACCGUUUCCUCUUCUGGCCAGGAGUCUGCCACUGGUUCCACGUCCGGUGCUGUUCCUACAUUUGGUGAGCAGUCGGGCAUCACGUCUGGAUCUACCCCUACAUUCACUGGUGACAAUGGUUCUACUGCCACUGUCCCCAUCUCGACAGAAGGCUCUGGAAUCAACUCUGGAGAACUGGACUCUGCCACCCUUGAGGUCCCCACUGCUACAUCUGCAACUGGUACUGUUUCCGUUGAAUCUCAGAUCACAUCUUCUUCUGGAGGUGGUGGAGGUCUUGCCUCUGAAGACAUUCCUGGAUCCGCUACUGCUACUGGCACCGCUACUGUUACUGGCCUGGUUCCUGAUGUUACUGGCUCGGCAACUGCCACAGGUUUGGCUUCUGAGGAUCUUUCCGGCACUAUCAGCCCACUUCCUACUACCACCAACUUGUCAGGCGCCUCUCAGCCUCUCACUACCAUGUCUACUUCUACACUUGGUGGCGGUGGUGCUAUUGAUGGUGGUUCGAACGGAUCUGGCUCUGGUUCAGGCUCUGAGGGCUCCGGCUCUAGUUCAGGCUCUGAGGGCUCCGGCUCUGGUUCAGGUUCUGAGGGCUCCGGCUCUGGCUCUGGCUCUGGUUCAGGUUCUGAGGGCUCCGGCUCUGGUUCUGGCUCAGGUUCAGGUUCAGGUUCUGAGGGCUCCGGCUCCGGCUCUGGCUCUGGCUCUGGCUCUGAGGGCUCCGGCUCUGGCUCUGGCUCUGGUUCAGGUUCUGAGGGCUCCGGCUCUGGCUCUGGCUCUGGUUCAGGUUCUGAGGGCUCCGGCUCUGGCUCUGGCUCUGGUUCAGGUUCUGAGGGCUCCGGCUCUGGCUCUGGCUCUGAGGGCUCCGGCUCUGGCUCUGGCUCUGAGGGCUCCGGCUCUGGCUCCGGCUCUGAAGGUGAAGCACCUCCCCAGUCGCCUGGUGGUGAGACCCUGCCUCCCCAGGCCAACUCUGCGAAGACUUAUGGUGUCUCUGCUGGUAUGAUGGGCAUGGUUAUUUUGGUUGUUCUUUUCUAA